AUGUGUUGCCCAGCUCAACCACUGGACGCAUUCGUCCCAGAGGAGGGUAUAACGGUGGCGGCCGAUACAGUCUUCCGGCACCUCAACAGCCAAAUUUGGUGUGCCCGGUGCCUCAACCAUGAGAGCAAACGAGAGCAUAAAUUCAUGAAAGACUCAACGGAAUCUUACAAGGGCCUUCGUUACCGCCGAUACCAAGCUACUGGCGGUACUCACACAUCGGAGUGUCAGUACAAAGCGAGGCUCACCAACGGAGAUUACAUCAACAACGCAUUCGAGUACUUCCACGGGUGGGAGGGGACCAAAAUGCUCGCUCUCGAUGGGAUUUUGGAAGACACCAUCGAUGAGCUACUGAACAGCGGUUCCCUGUGCGACCGCCUGCCUCGGAUCCGACAGAAGUGGGCUCGUGAAAUGCAAGCCCUGUCGAGAGCCUACGAGUCGGCUGAGUCCGGCGGUCACACGACAUCUGGACGUGGAGAAGAGCGAGGUGGAGCUUCGACGCAAGCAGGAAAUACCAAUACUGAGUUCACGGAGAUCUCAGACACGGAACCUUCGCAGGAUGCUUCAGGGAGGCAGGGCCCAGCAAGCGUUGGGCCGACCACCCAGGCUCUGACUCAAGCGCCUCCUGUCCACGCGGUCGAUACACAGAAGCGCAGAGCGGCGGAUGGUGAGCCUUGCGCAAGCUCGUUUGUGUCGAAGAAGCGAUGUAAUGUGAGCUGA